AUGUAUAUUGUGCGAGGCUUGUCCAUUGAAGAUCUACUUCAGAAGAUUCGUCAGAAGUUGAAGUUGCAACAAAAUCAGGUAAUUUCUUCAAUAACGGGUAGAGUCCCAAGUGGAAAUCGCAAAUAUGCAGGUUUUGAUCUAACUGAUGAUGAGGACAUUGAUAUUUUUCUUGGAACAUUUGUCCAAAACCAAACUACUUCUCAAUUUGUUGAGUUAUACGUGGAUAUUGAGACAUCAGACGAAAUGUCAACACCGACACGUGGGUUAGACCUUAACAGUCAGACACAAAUGCCGUCAUCAUCGGUACCCCAACCCACACAAUCAACUAUUGCGCAUGGAGAUGAAAGCGACUAUAUGGUAGAUGUUGAACCUGACAAUGAAGAUGAGGAGGAAGAUGAAGACACUCUAUUGGCAAAUGACCAUGAUCAGAAUGAUAGUGAUGGAGGAGAUGAUGAACAUCAUGAUAAUCCCAUAACACAGGAGACAGUUAUCCCUGCGUCCAAUAAUGCGGUUAUUCCACCAACAUCAGAUGUGACACCAUUUUGGGAUGACAUCCCACACUAUGAGGCUGUUAAUUUGGAUUAUCCGAACGAAGACAUACUGGAUGUUGAAGGCUUAGGUCGUGGUCAGUGGACAAGAGGAGACGAAAUGUAUGUGAAACAAGAGUUCCGGUUGAAGAGCGAUGUGCAAGCCGCUAUAAAACAUUACUGCAUGAAUGAGCAUCAAGAAGCUGUAGUGGUUGAGAGUACUACCACGAAGUUGUCUAUGAAAUGUCGUAAGCAUGAAGAAGGCUGCAAUUGGCGAGUAAGGGCAAUUAAACCGAAGAAUAGCAACAGCUGGGUAGUCACUAAAUGGGGUGGAAAACAUUCUUGUGUCAGCACAACCCUUUCGCAAGAUAACAAACAACUUGAUUCACAAUUUAUAUCUGAGGCCAUUCUAGACAUGGUGAAGGCUUCGCCGUCGGUGGCCGUUAUCUUGAUACAAGAACGAGUUACUGCCCUUUUUGGAUAUAAUGUUUCUUAUAGGAAGGCGUGGAAGGGAAAGCAGAAAGCAAUUGCUAAGAUUUACGGUGAUUGGGACGAGUCAUACGCGUUCUUGCCAAGAUGGUUCGCGCACAUGUUGAAUUUUUCUCCGGGGUCUGUUUACCAUAUUCAACAUGGAUCGUGUGUCAUGAAUGGACAAGUUAUUACUGGGUCUAGGGUUUUUCAACGUGUUUUCUGGACUUUCGGUCAAUGUCGGGAGGCGUUUAAAUGGUGUAAACCAGUCAUACAGGUCGAUGGUACGCAUUUGUACGGUAAAUACAAAGGGACAUUAUUGAUCGCCACAGCGCAAGAUGGCAACAAUGAGGUAUUGCCAAUCGCAUUUGCGGUCGUUGAAAGUGAAACUAAAGAUGCAUGGGAAUAUUUUUUGGCAUCCAUCCGAAUGCAUGUAACCAGUAAGACUGGAAUAAGCCUUAUUUCUGAUCGACACAAAAGCAUUUUAUCAGCAGUGGCCAAUCCAGACAUUGGAUGGCAACCUCCUAAUGCAUACCAUGUGUUUUGCCUUCGUCAUGUGGGGAGAAAUUUUAAUACACGAUUCAAGGAUCAAUACAUGAAGGGUUUUCUAAAGAAGCUAGGAUAUGUUGCAAAUAAAGAUUACUUUGAUGCCGCGUAUGCCGAGUUCUGCAGCAUUAGUCCAGAAGUCGCUGCGUGGAUUGAGGCUGUUCCAAAAGAGAAAUGGACUCGGAGUUACGACGAGGGUGGACGAAGAUAUGGUCACAUGACAACUAACUUGUCUGAAUCAGUCAACAGGGUUUUCAAGGGAGCGAGGAACAUGCCAAUAACUUCUUUGGUAAAAUGCACAUAUAGUCGACUUGCUCGUUACUUUUUUAAAAGAGGGUGUAAAGCACAGAAAGAUGUCGAGAUUGGAAAGCAUUUCUCAAAUGUUAUUUCAGAAGCGAUGACAAAGAACAAUGAGAGGGCAACAUCAAUGCGUGUUCGGGAGUAUAAUGUGGCGCGCACCUCAUUUGAAGUCGAUGACCAAGGGUCUACUUUUUCGGUUAACCUCACUGAUCGGAAAUGCCAAUGUGGUAAGUUUCAAGCAUUCAAAAUCCCGUGUAGCCAUGUUAUUGCAUCAUGUAAGAAGGUAGCCCUUGAUGUUGAGCAAUACGUGGAUCCGGUAUUCUCAGUAACCUCCAUUAUGCAUGUCUACUCUUCUCCAUUUUUGCCGAUUGGUAGUGAAGAUGGAAUUCCCCCACAUCCCGGUCCAAAGCUUGUGCCUGAUGUCUCCAUGAUGCGUGGACAGGGCCGUCCUAAAUCCACACGUAUUCGCAAUGAAAUGGACGAACUUGAAGACCAACCAAGUUCUAGCCGAACUAAAUGUAGUAUAUGUAAGAUGGCCGGACAUAAUAGGCGUGCAUGUCCUACAAGACGCAUAUCAAAUUAA